AUGGCGACCGCACUUGCGACUCCGGAUCCGGCCCUGGCUUUGUCGAGUCGAUCCUCUGUUGAUGAUACAACCAUCGAAAAUGGCGGCGAAUCACCAAAGAGCUUGGAUAGCCCGAAAGAUGCACCGCAUGAUCUCGAGAAGGGAUCGGAUGACAACGCGCAAAGUCACUCACACGGUACAAGCUAUCUGGUGGAAUUCGACGGGCCUAAUGAUCCCGGCAAUCCCAAGAACUGGAGCGAGAAGCGCAGAUGGGCCAUCAGCAUAUCCAUGGGUCUGAUGGUGUUUACUGUCACGUUUGCAAGCUCCAUAUUCAGCGUCAACAUUGGCGUGGUACAAGAGAAAUUCGACGUAGACCUGGUCACAGCUACACUCGGUGUAUCCCUUUUUGUGCUGGGGUUUGUGUUCGGUCCAAUCGCGUUUGGGCCCAUGUCAGAAGUCCUUGGCCGCAGAAUUCCUCUUUUCGUAGGAUUUGCGCUGUUCGCUCUUUUCCAGAUCCCGGUCGCACUUGCUCAGAACGUCGCUACCAUAUGUGUUGGCCGCUUCCUGGGAGGAUUCUUUGCUGCGUCGCCUCUGGCCGUUACUGGCGGAGCGCUUGCUGAUCUGUGGGAUCCCAUUCCGAGAUCCUACGCUAUCUGCGUCUUCGCAGCUGGAGGGUUUGCUGGACCUGUCGCAGGACCGAUCGCAGGUGGCUUCAUUACUGAAUCAACUCUGGGCUGGCGCUGGACUUCGUGGAUCACUUUGAUACUAGCCGGUCUCUUCGGAGCUAUUGGUCUAGCGGUGAUUCCCGAGACAUCCGCAGCCAGGAUUCUUCAGCUUCGUGCUGCCAAAAUCAGGAAGGAUACUGGCAACACCGAAUACCACUCGAAAGCCGACUUACAAAAGCUCACACCCAAAGUUGUUUUUAGCGUCUAUCUUCUGAGGCCCUUUAGCAUGUUCUUUCAGGAGCCUAUCCUGGCUCUCAUCACGGCGUACAUGAGCUUCUUAUACGGCAUUUUGUAUCUUCUUUUCGAAGCAUUCCCAGUGUCUUUCCACCAGGAACGCGGAUGGUCUCUUGGUGUAGCGCAACUCCCUUUCGCUGCCUUCCUCGUCGGACUCGUCAUGGGCGCUGGUGUCAUGGCAUAUAGUGCAGCUACAAAUUUCACGCGAUCAUAUAACAAACACGGCAAAGCAAUACCCGAGGAGCGACUUCCACCCAUGAUUGUAGGCGCCGUUGCGCUCCCUAUUGGUCUCUUCUGGUUUGCUUGGACCAGCAAUCCACAUAUAUCUUGGGUGCCACAAGUUCUGUCCAUUUCUCUCAUCGGUCUUGGCUGCAUGGUGCCGUUCUGGCAAGGCUUGAGUUAUCUGAUUGACUGCUAUGGGUUCUACUCCAACAGCGCUAUCGCGAUCAACACUUUCGUGCGGUCCCUAGCCGGAGCGUUUUUCCCGCUUUUCACCCACGCGAUGUAUAGGAAUUUGGGUGUAGCUUGGGCAAGUAGCUUGCUGGGGUUUCUUUGCGUGGCAUUUCUUCCUGUGCCUGUUCUUUUCUACAUCUAUGGUGCGAAGAUAAGAGCGAAGAGCAAAUGGGCUCCUACCGCUCCAUGA